AUGAGAGACGGCGCGGGCGCGCGCUACUCGAGCGGCGCGUGCAGCGGGCACGAGCGCGAGCGCGGCGUGAUGCGCGAGCCGAGGCAGGAAUGCCCCCGGGCCCAGGAAGAAGGCGAAGAGCAAAGGUCUUUACCAAAGCUAUUCAACCCAGAAGAGGAACAAUCUCGCCCGCAGCCAGGUGGGGUUGUCACCUUCGAGCCAAUACAACACGAUCACGACUUCUGCGAAAGAGUUGUGAUAAACGUAAGCGGACUGAAGUUCGAGACACAACUCCGAACGCUAAACCAAUUUCCGGAAACCCUGCUAGGAGACCCCGCUCGAAGAAUUAGGUACUUCGAUCCCUUGAGGAACGAGUACUUUUUCGAUCGCAACCGCCCAUCUUUUGACGCCAUCCUGUAUUACUACCAGAGCGGGGGGCGACUUCGUCGCCCCGUCAACGUACCACUCGACGUUUUCUCUGAAGAGAUUAAGUUCUAUGAACUUGGCGAACAGGCCACUAACAAAUUCCGCGAAGACGAGGGCUUCAUAAAGGAGGAGGAGAAACCCCUGCCCGCCAACGAGCGCCAGCGCAAAAUCUGGCUGCUCUUCGAAUACCCCGAGAGCUCGCAGGCCGCCCGCGUCGUUGCCAUCAUCUCAGUGUUCGUGAUCCUCCUGUCCAUCGUCAUCUUCUGCCUCGAAACCCUGCCGGAAUUCAAGCACUACAAAGUGUUCAACACCACUACCAACGGCACCAAGAUCGAGGAAGACGAAGUACCUGACAUUACGGAUCCAUUCUUCCUCAUCGAGACACUGUGUAUAAUCUGGUUCACGUUCGAGUUGAUAGUGCGGUUCUUAGCUUGUCCGAACAAGUUCAAUUUCUUCAGAGACGUUAUGAAUAUAAUAGACAUAAUUGCUAUUAUUCCCUAUUUCAUCACUCUGGCCACCGUCGUCGCUGAAGAAGAGGACACCUUGAACUUACCCCGCGCGCCUGUCUCCCCUCAAGACAAGUCCACCAAUCAAGCAAUGAGUCUCGCAAUUCUCCGUGUGAUUCGCCUGGUGCGAGUCUUCAGGAUCUUUAAGUUAUCUCGCCACUCUAAGGGUCUUCAGAUCCUUGGAAGGACCCUAAAGGCUUCUAUGCGUGAACUCGGACUUCUUAUAUUCUUUUUAUUCAUCGGUGUGGUGCUGUUUUCCUCCGCCGUGUACUUCGCUGAAGCCGGAAGUGAGAACAGCUUCUUCAAAUCCAUACCCGAUGCGUUUUGGUGGGCGGUCGUGACAAUGACGACCGUAGGAUACGGAGACAUGACGCCCGUUGGAGUGUGGGGCAAGAUCGUGGGAUCGCUCUGUGCGAUCGCUGGCGUACUCACCAUUGCUCUGCCUGUACCUGUCAUCGUGUCCAACUUCAACUACUUCUAUCACCGUGAGACCGAUCAAGAGGAAAUGCAGUCGCAAAACUUCAACCACGUCACCAGUUGCCCCUAUUUGCCUGGUACAAUGGGGGAGCCCUACUUGAUUUCAGGUCCGAUACAGAAGAAGUCCUCGGUGAGCGACGACUCGUCGUCGGACAUGAUGGAGUUGGACGACAGCGCCCUGGUGGCCGAGUCGCAACUGGAGCAGAACCUGAGCCGCCUGCGCGAGGAGGAGCGGCUGUUGCUAGAGAAGCAGGAAGCUGGCGCAAUGGACGACAUCGCUGCCCUGGAGCACCAAGACGCGCUCCGCCACAACCAGCUGCAGCAGCAGGAGGUGCAGAAGCAACAGAAGGCGCAGGCUCUGCGGCUCGCGCGCCAGCAGGCAAUGGCGCAGGAGGGCGCUUCCGGUGCGAGGCCGCGCGAACAGUGCGAGCUGCGCGAGGGACCGCGCCGCCGCGCCACCUGCACCGUCCGCGUCAACAACCUGCACGCCGCCUCGGCCGCAGAGGCAAUAGAGACCGACGUC